AUGAGUGGCCGACAACCCGCGGGACCAUGGCAGCCGGUAGCGGAUCUGAUCAGACGGUUGGGGCUGAUCGACGAGGGCGACGCACCGCACACUGCAGCGCAGGUGGCGAGGAUAUCUACCGCACAGCUGCUGCAAGACCCGGUGCGGGCGGCGAUUUACCGCCGUGGUUGGGAGAACAGGGCGGCGAGCAUCCAGAGGACACUCCAGUAACCUCCACAGCCGUCCACCCGCCGACCACAACCAACUCCACCACCAGCCCAACCACAGAGGCCGAGCCCCCGACACUCGCCGUCGACCGAGCUUCGCGACACCAAGUGCGCCGGCACCGGCGCCCAAGGUGUCCGGGGCGCCCUUCCCCCACCGGUAAAAGUAAAGACGGAGGCGCAGCGCGCGAGGAACCAGAAGAAGUUCCAACAGCUAAAGGAGAAGAGGAAGGCCAGGGAGCGAUCGGCAAGCCAGCAACACCGGCUAGCCAAGCAACCUGCGCCUACCUCGGAUCCGGAGGCCGCCUGCAGCAGCACGUUGAUACCGGCACCGGUGGAAACGAUGGAGGUGGACGAAUCAGCGGCCAAGAGUGCAAAACUCGAGGAGCCGGUACCGUCCACCAGCCAGGAGCAACCCGACCAAACCGCGGACUCGCGCGACACCGCCGAGGACGCCUGGCUGGCUGCUCCAGGUCUACCGUUGGAGGAGUUACCGGAGAUGGUGUAUGACAACAAAUUCUACACCCCGGCGACGCCACCCCGACAGGAUGAUGAUAAUGAUCUUGAAGUUGAAGAGUCUAAUACGAUUGUUGGUAUGACACAAGGUUCAUCAUCAUCUUCAAAUACUUUAAAUACCGAUUGUUCAUCAGCUUCAGAAUUUCGGGAACCACCACUUAGGAAACGACGCAGAACUUUUAUGAAUAAGAGCAUCAAAUAUAGUAAAAUUUGUAGUUCUGAAAGAACUGAACAAAUCCACCAGGCGUUAGCUAAAAUGAUUGCCAUUAACCAAAUAUAA